AUGGCUGACAUUAAGCAACUAUUGAAGCCUUUAGUUGAGGCAAUUCAAAAAGGGGAUAAAAAAGUAACGUUUUUUCAGGGAGCAGGGGUUUCCACAUCAGCAGGAAUACCCGAUUUUAGAAGCCCUAAGACUGGCCUAUAUUCGAACCUAGCUAAACUUAAUCUUCCAUAUCCUGAAGCAGUGUUUGAUAUUGAUUUUUUUAGAGAUGAUCCAAAGGCAUUUUAUACUUUGGCUGAAGAGCUAUAUCCUGGAAAGUUCGUUCCCACAGAGUUUCAUUACCUUACGAGGCUACUCCAGGAUAAGAACUUGCUUAAUAGGAUCUACACACAAAAUAUCGAUACGUUGGAAAGAGUCGCUGGUAUUGAUGGAGAAUACAUUGUCGAAGCUCAUGGAUCGUUUGCAAAUAACCAUUGCAUAGAUUGUUCAGCUGAGAUGUCUACAGAGGAGCUCAAAAAGCAUAUGGAUAACAAAGAGCAUAAUGAAGGGAUACCUUUAUGUCCGAAAUGCAAAGGAUAUGUAAAACCCGAUAUUGUAUUUUUUGGAGAGGGAUUGCCUUCAAGGUUUUUUGAACAAUGGGAGGAAGAUUCAGACAAAGUUGAGAUUGCAGUGAUAGUUGGAACGUCUUUGACAGUUUAUCCCUUUGCCUCUUUGCCGUCAGAGAUAGGCAGCAAUCUGCUAAGAGUUUUAGUCAAUAAUGAGAUGGUUGGUGACUUUAAGCGUGGCAAAAGGAAGAAGGAUAUCGUGAUUCUUGAAGAUUGUGACAAAGUGGCGAGAGAAUUGGCAAAGCAGCUAGAAUGGGAGGAAGAAUUAGAUAAAUUGAUAGAAGAAGGACGACAAAUAGUAAUAGACAAAGAGAACAAGAUCGCCUCCGAUGUGGCGGCAGAGCUUGCAGAAGAGAUCAAAGAGGUUGAAAUAAAUCAUGAAAAACCGGGACAGAACUCAGAGGGCCAUUUUAACGAUGCUAGUAAAUCUAAUGAGAUUAAUGAAGAGAAGAAACUCGAAGAUGAAAUAUCUAAAUUGAAAAUUUAA